CGAGCAACAUGGAUGUAUACCAAAUAGAGCUGGAGGCACAGGCACAAAUCCGCUCCAAUCUUUUGGUUGAAACUUGCGUGAAGCAGCCGCAGCAGCCGCCGCAGCAGCAGCAGCAGCAGCAGCAGCUCCAUUCGCUGAAGGAGAAGGAGGAUAGCCACAUCAAGGACUUUGACGGCAACGAGCAAGACCAGGACGAGGAAGAGGCGGAGGACGAGGAGGAGGAAGAGGAGGAGGACGACGACAACGAAGAAGAGGACGAGGACGGGGACGGGGACGGUGACGAAGAAAGGCCACUUCUCCCAGAAGUCAAUUUCGAUGCGAAUUCCGAUUUCAAUUUGCAUUUCUUUGACACGCCCGAGGACUCCUCGACACAAGGAGCCUACAGCGAGGCCGCCAGCCUAGACUCCGACCAGGACCAGGCGGAGGAUCCACAGCACCAGCAGCGGGAGCUGCAGGAUUGCCUAAGUGCCAUCGAGGCGGCGGAUGCGGAUCCCCUGCAGCUGCUGCAGUGCGACGACUACUACGGCCCGUCCGCUGCAAGCGAGGGCGUGGCAACGCCAGUCAUAGCCACAUCUGCCACUGCACCGCAUCCCCAUCCACACCACUCGCAUAAUCAGAACCCACAUCAGAAUCCGCACCAGAACGCAAACGCAAACGCCAAUCCGAACACACACCAUCACCAGCAGCAGCUGAACUGCACCUUGAGCAAUGGUAGAGGUGCUCUGUACACCAUCAGCAGUGUGCAUCAGUUCGGUCCGGCCAGCAGCAGCGGCCACCACCAUAGCAGCUCCCCCUCCUCGAGUGGGGCCCACGCCUCGCCGGACAGCGGCUGCUCUUCGGCCAGCUCCACCUCCUCCCACGCCGUCUCCUCAUCAUCGUCCUCUAGCUCCAGCAACAACUGCAGUCCCAGCUCCAUCUCCAUCGCCCUCUCAGCCGCCGGUUCCAGCUGCAACUCCAGCGCAGCAACAUCUUCAUCUGUUGCGCAUCUAAACAAAGAGCCACAGCAGCAGCAGCAGCAGCAGCCACAGACAACUCAGCAACAGCAGCAACACUCACAUCAGCAGCAACAGUUGCAACAGCACCCCCAGCAGCAGCAGCAGCAGCAGCAGCAACAGCAACAGCAAUCUUUUGGCUUAGCCGACUCCAGCAACAACAACAACAACAACAGCAGCAGCAACAACAGUGGCAACAGCAGCAGCAACAGCAACAACGGUGUCUCCUCGAAGUCGUUUGUGCCCUGUAAAGUGUGCGGUGACAAGGCCUCCGGCUACCACUAUGGUGUAACCUCCUGCGAGGGUUGCAAGGGCUUCUUUCGUCGCAGCAUCCAGAAGCAGAUCGAGUACCGCUGCCUAAGGGACGGCAAGUGCCUGGUCAUCCGCCUGAACCGCAAUCGCUGCCAAUAUUGCCGCUUCAAGAAAUGCCUCUCCGCUGGCAUGAGCCGCGACUCUGUACGUUAUGGUCGCGUUCCCAAGCGAUCCCGUGAGUUGAACGGAGCAGGGUCCACUGCAGGAGGAUCUGGAGCCACUUCCACAUCUGGAUGCCCUUUGUUGGCCGGUGCGCCGCUAAAUGUGGAUGAUUCCACGGUGAACAAUUUGCAUACAAAUCAACUGCAGCCACAGCAACAGCAACAACAACAACAGCAACAGCAACAAAUAUUACAGCAGCAGCCGCCGCACGUGAACAGCGUCCGUGUGAAGACACCGAGUACACCACAAACGCCACAAAUGUGUUCGAUUGCCUCCUCGCCAUCGGAGCUGGGCGGUUGCAAUAGUGCCACCAACAACAAUAACAACAACAACGGCAGCAAUGCCAGCGGGGGUAGCGGCGUGGGCGUGGGCGUUGUAGUUGUCGGCGGACACCAGCAAAUGGGCGUGGGUGCCCAUACCGAUGUCGGUGGCCAUCAGGUGACCAUGUGCCACGACGGCAUGGCCGGCACGGCCAACGAGCUGACAGUCUACGAUGUGAUCGUUUGCGUCUCGCAGGCGCAUCGCCUCAACUGCUCCUACACGGAGGAGCUGACGCGGGAACUGAUGCGACGUCCAGUGACGGUGCCACAGAAUGGCAUUGCCACCACAGUAGCGGAGAGCCUGGAGUUUCAGAAGAUCUGGCUCUGGCAGCAAUUCUCGGCCAGGGUGACGCCUGGCGUCCAGCGGAUUGUGGAGUUUGCGAAACGCGUACCUGGCUUCUGUGAUUUCACGCAAGAUGACCAGCUGAUCCUGAUCAAACUGGGCUUCUUCGAGGUGUGGCUCACCCAUGUGGCGCGUCUCAUCAACGACACGACUCUGACGCUGGACGAUGGCGCCUAUCUGACACGCCAGCAGCUGGAGAUACUCUAUGAUACCGACUUUGUCAAUGCCUUGCUGAACUUUGCCAAUACGCUGAAUGCCUACGGGCUGAGCGACACCGAGAUCGGCCUAUUUUCGGCCAUGGUGCUGCUGGCCUCGGACCGGACCGGACUCAGUGAGCCAAAGGUGAUUGGACGGGCUCGGGAGCUAGUGGCCGAGGCGCUACGGGUUCAGAUCCUGCGCUCCCGGGCCGGAUCCCCGCAGGCGCUACAGCUGAUGCCCGCGCUGGAGGCUAAGAUCCCCGAACUGCGCUCGCUGGGGGCCAAGCACUUCUCCCAUCUAGACUGGCUACGGAUGAACUGGACCAAGCUGCGACUGCCGCCGCUCUUCGCGGAGAUCUUCGAUAUACCCAAGGCCGACGACGAGCUGUAGGGGGGACACACAGAAGGAAGAUUCCCGAGGCGCCCAGGGCCGUGCAAAGCAACCGCAACAAAUAUUCUACAACUUGUAGGCUUAAGAACUUAGCGUUAACAGAGAAGAGACGAUGCGAAGAGGUAGUGGAGACAGCAGCAUCCAAGAUUAACUGGAAUUACGAGUAGUUACCUAAGCUUAAAGGCAUAUUAGCAAUGUUAAAGGCGUUCGCAGCGAUUGAGACGAUCGAAGAUGGACUAGAACUCCCCGCUGAACAUAUCCAUGCGCAAACAUAAAUUAUUUAUUUCAUUGUUAAACCAUCAUCAAGCUCCACUCUGAACAUCACAUCAUCCAAUUCCCAUCCUGUCCUGUCCCAUCCGGCGGCACCCUCCUCGAGCAAUCCCAGACCCCGCUCUAAGCACUGACUGGAGGAUCCAACAAUAACCAUUGGCCAGCUAACCCAAGGCAUCUAUCUAUACAGAACUCGACUGAAGAGCGAGCGUUAAAGUUCGAUAAAAAGUUUUUUUUUAAUAAUCUUAAAUUACUAUUAAUCGGAUACGUUAUCGGAUAUGAUAUACCAUAUACGUAUGUAUAUGUACACCUAGAGAUACGGACUUAGAAUAGUCUGAAAGCAUAAAGACCCAUUUUUUUUUUUUUUUGCUUGAAUAAGUUGAGGAUUGAAUCGAUAUAAUAUACGAGUACAUAUAUAACUUGAUAUCGCAAUCUGAUAAACCAAUGCCUAUGAU